UUGUAGUCCCGAAUGCAGUGAAUCAUCCCACCCGCCAACGAAUCAAAAUAAAUAAACCCCAACGCUCAACCGCCUUCAAACAUAUGAAGACCCUCCUUCCCUCCCUCUCAAUUCACAUUUUCCUCACCUCGUAUCUUCCGCUACCCGCGCAAGUUAGCCUUCCAGAGCAACGAAAAUGGCGGUGCAGCACCCGGUGGCAGAGGCAAGCGAGGAAAGCCCCUUCGGAUCACUCUCGCCUGCAGAAUUCUACGCCCGCCACCGCGUCACCCACUCCUCCGAGUACAUAACCAACUCCCGCGGCCUCAAGCUCUUCACCCAGUGGUGGGCCCCGCUCUCUCCCACUGAACCCAUUGGCUGUGUCGCCGUCGUCCAUGGCUACACCGGUGAGACUAGCUGGUUAGUGCAGUUGACUUCCAUCCUCUUUGCCCAAUCUGGUUUCAUUGUUUGUGCAAUUGACCAUCAGGGCCACGGCUUCUCGGAUGGCCUGAUCUACCACAUCCCCGAUAUCAAUCCCGUCGUCGAUGAUUGCAUCGAUUUCUUUAAGGCAUUUCGUGAAGCCCACGCUCCCAAUUUGCCCGCGUUUUUGUAUGCCGAGUCACUGGGUGGUGCUAUAGCUUUGUACAUCACCCUUCGUCAGAAGGGAGCGUGGGAUGGGCUGAUUUUGAAUGGUGCCAUGUGUGGGAUUAGCGACAAGAUUAAGCCUCCAUGGCCUUUAGAGCAUUUGCUUUUCAUAGCCGCUGCGGUGAUGCCCACUUGGUGCGUAGUUCCCACUCGCGGAUCGUUGCCUUCUGUCUCAUUCAAGGAGUCGUGGAAGCGGAAGUUAGCUGUGUCGAGCCCGAGGAGAGUAGUUAUGAGGCCACGCGCGGCUACGGCGUUUGAGUUGCUGAGGGUGUGCAGAGACCUGCAAGGGAGUUUCGAGAAGGUGGAAGUACCGUUGCUGAUUGUACACGGCGGUGAUGAUGUGGUGUGCGACCCUGCAUGCGUGGAGGAGCUACAUCGACGCGCCUCGAGUAAGGACAAAACUUUGAAAAUUUACCCAGGAAUGUGGCACCAGCUUGUUGGUGAGCCGGAGGAGAGCGUGAAUUUGGUGCAUGGUGAUAUGAUGGAGUGGCUAAAAACCCGAGCUGAACGUGCAAGAAAGGGUGGGGAACUGCCACAGGAAGUUGGAGGCGCGUGAUUGUUACGCUUAGAUAUUUUAAUAUAUUAACCAAUGGGAAGCUGAGUCAUGGGAUAGAAGCUUUAGGGGUUAUGGCAUGUGUUCUCGGUUUGUAUAAUUACUCUAUAAUCGUCGUUGGCCCGUCUUCUUUAAAUAUCAGACAGGAACUUCACCUGCCUAUUUAGAACUGGUUAAAUAGGCAGGAACUUCACCUGCCUAUUUACAUGCAAUGGCUGAACACUUAUUAUCUCUGUUUCUUUUAAUUGCAAAAAGGGAAAAAAAAAAAAAAAAUCUUGCUGUAAUGUUCAUUGCCUUUGAGGCUCAGAGUCUACAGUUAAAUAGUUAAAUGAUUUUAUAGUCCUCGUUUUAA